CACGUUAAGGCAGAGCGUUUACCUCAGAGUGUUGUCUGUGCUGAAGUAACACACAGAUUGGAAUGAAAGAUAAGCUUGUUUAUACAGAGUGCCCCGUACGGAAAUUUUGUAAUUUCGUUAUGUACGUUUUUAAUUGAUUUUCUUUUCUACGUGACAGAAGAAAAAACUGUGUUCAGGUUGUUUUUAAAGACAGUACUUUUGUUGAAGGCCGUAGUAUGGAUGAAGGAAGGCCUAGCAGCGGUGCUCAAACCCACGGGCUAGUGCCGCUGUUUCCACCCGGAUUGCAAGCGAUCUACGGAGAAUGCCGGCGACUUUAUCCCGAACAGGCUAACCCGCUUCAGGUUACAGCUAUUGUAAAAUACUGGUUAGGUGGUCCGGAUCCGUUAGACUACAUCAGUAUGUAUAGAAAUACGGGCUGUCCAUCCCAGGAUAUCCAGGAGCACUGGCACUAUGUCAGCUUUGGACUCAGCGACCUGUAUGGUGACAAUAGGGUCCACGAAUUCACAGGUGCAGAGGGACCCAGUGGGUUUGGCUUUGAACUCACUUUCAGACUCAAAAGAGAGGCAGGUGAGACAGCACCACCUACAUGGCCAGGAGAGCUCAUGCAAGGCUUGGCUCGCUAUGUGUUCCAGUCAGAAAACACAUUUUGUAGUGGUGAUCAUGUAUCCUGGCACAGUCCGCUGGACAACAGUGAAUCUCGUAUCCAGCAUAUGUUGCUAACAGAAGACCCACAGAUGCAACCAAUUCAAACUCCGUUUGGCUCACUGAACUUUCUCCAGAUUGUUGGCGUUUGCACAGAGGAGCUCCAAGCAGCCCAGCAGUGGAACGGUCAAGGUAUCUUGGAACUGAUGCGUGGAGUCCGAGUUGCUGGUGGACCCUGGCUAAUCACAGACAUGAGGAGGGGAGAAACGAUUUUUGACAUCGACCCACAUCUACAACAGGAGCGGGUUGACCAGGGUAUCGAGACAGAGGGCUCCAACCUGAGUGGAGUUAGUGCUAAGUGUGUGUGGGACGAUCUGAGUCGACCGCCAGAGGAUGAAGAGGACAGCCGAUCAAUUUGCAUAGGAUCACAGCCACGGAGGCUCUCGGACAAAGACACGGAGCAGAUCAGGGAGACCCUGAGAAAAGGACUGGAGUUAAACAGCAAGUCAGUGCUACCGCCUAUCAGCAGUCAGCGACAAAGUGAGAGGCCUCAGAGUCGAAAAGACAGCUUGGAGAGCGACAGCUCAGCAGCUAUUGUUCCUCAUGAGCUGGUUCGAACACGGCAGUUGGAGAGUGUCCAUUUGAAGUUCAACCAGGAGUCAGGAGCACUGCUGCCCCUCUGUCUGCGGGGACGGCUGCUUCAUGGGAGACACUUCACAUAUAAGAGUAUCAAUGGAGACACGGCCAUCACAUUUGUGUCUACUGGAGUUGAGGGAGCCUUUGCUUCUGAAGAACAUCCAUAUGCAGCCCACGGCCCCUGGCUUCAGAUAUUGUUGACUGAAGAGUUUGUGGAGCAAAUGAUUGGAGACUUGCAGGACCUUAACACUUGCGAAGAGACAAAGUUACCAAAGGAGUACAGCUGGCCUGAAAAGAAGCUGAAGAUCUCUGUCCUACCAGACUCUGUUUUUGAUAAUCCUCUACAGUGAGACUGGGAGAAAAAAAGGCCAAUGAAAGACACUCAGAAACAGAAUGGACCUUAUUGAGCAGGAGACCCCCCCCAUGGAUGUCCAGUGAUCCUGAACUGUGAAGGCGCAUAGAACGUCCUUGUCGCAGUGGAUGAGAAAGAGUUUGAUUUCUGAGGGCUAACAGAUAAAACUUUGCUAGUGGCUGAAAAUUCUGGAUGUUCAGGAGGAUCUGAAGACCUUUUGACUGUUACAACAUUCUCAGUGUAGACUCACUGUUUAAAGCUUUUUAUUUUUAUUUUUCUGAGUCCAGAAUGCUUUAAAAAAUAUAUAUAUAUACUCAACAAAAAUAUAAAUGCAACACUUUUGGUUUUGCUCCCAUUUUGUAU